AUGGCUGACUCGAUCAAAUCUUCCCCUUCAUCGCAUCGCCCGCAGCUCCCGCCUCUGAUCACGGACUUGAUGGAGAACAUGUCCGAGGACAUUCCCACCGCCAUGCUUCCAAGUCCGCUGUAUGAAUCUCCAGAUACAAUGGUGCCGGAGGACAGUGAUGGUGAGUCGAUGCUGAUGGAUGGCCCUAUGGUGAUCUCGCCCGAGAACUUUCGCUGCCAGAAUACUGAAUUUUCCAGAGAUCUAUUUUCCAUGGAGGAGGAAUAUGUUGUGGUUGACACAUUCUCGAACUCGAACUCGAACUCAGACUCGGCCUUGAAUGGAGACAAGUCGCCGGAAUCGCCCUUCCCUUGGAAGGUUGAAUGUCUGGAUCUUUCUGACGAGGAUAGAGCCAAAUUCGAGGCAAUCCAGGAAGAUCCAAACAUCACUCCCUUUUCCAAAGUCCAAGAAGGUCCAACCAUCACUCCCAUGUCCAGAAUGCAAGAGCUCCGAAAUGCCCUCGCACAUUAUCGUUGGUCGAGAAGAGUGCCCUCGUCGGGGUCUUUGAUGCUGAUUGGUUUGGAUUUCUCUGACCUGUUGCCAUCACCACAUGACUUGCCCUCCCCAGUCUUCAAUGACGGUGAUGAUAGGGCCGGUUCUCUUCAAGUGCCAAACAAUACUCCUGAUGCCGAAUACCACCAUACUUGGGAGGCCAUGACUUGUGCUGAUGUCACCAUUACAAUCACUGAACCACCUACACCUCCUCCUCAGGAUGCCACAUGGGGUGUCCAGGAGAAGGUUCAGGAAGAGCCCGGACGCCUUUCACCUCGGUCGUUUGGUCGACAGAUGUAUUGA